GAAAUGACAGCUUCGGAUUUUCACGAGCCGCUCAGCGGUUGUAAACAUGUUCAUUCAGUCUCUGCAGUGUCACAUGAAAAGGCCUGUUGAUAUUCUCACGUCCGAAUGUGUGAGUGGCGAUAAAAGGAAAACAAACACUCCUAGAUGGUGCAACUCAGCGAAGCUUGGGUUAAAAUGAGUAAAUUUCCAUAUAUUUUUUGACUCCUUUGCAAUCAUUGUGAUGACCCAAUCAAUUUUGAGGUUUAUGAGCAGAAGGAAAACAAACAUGUAUUUACACAUGCCAAAUUGCACAUUAGUGUGCGAGCGCUAAACGUCACUGAUCUCAAUUAACACACAUUCAUUAGCCGUUGCGAGUGACAAGUGAAAUCGGAGACGUUUGUCUGUUGAUAGUUCGUCUGCUCAGUUAUAAGUUCGUGGCGGCCAUGACAAAAAAAAAGCUAAAGUGAAUGUCUUGUUGUAAUUUGUGAGUGAACAGUUCUUUGUUUUUAAAUUAACUGAAAAUAUAAUCGGAGUAAAGAAAAUGAGUGGUCACUGGAUUGAAAGCGACAUUUCACCAUCUUCGGAUGAUGAAGGGCACCAACAGUACGGAAAACAUGAGGAAACAGAUGGCGGAAAAAAGGAGUUGGAGCAGGUUCCCGGUGCUCACUAUGCUGACGUCACGAAAAAAUUAAAAGCGGAGUGGCUUUCGGGGUCAUGGCCCUUGACGCCGUUCGAUGGAUCUUUGCCGACACACAAGCGGAAGGCGGAAUGGGUACGAUUCCGUGACCAAUUCGAGAGAAUCGUAUCAUGUAAAGCUGCUGUUGAUUCUGUUACAAAACUCACCGGUAUGAAGAUUUUCGCCGGUGAUUAUCUGCUAAACAUAAUUGAAAUACAGGAAAAAGUUGUGGCGGAACAAACCGACGAUAUUUACUAUGGUACGGUUAGGUCUGUAGAUAAAUAUUUCAAUCAGACGUGUGACGCAAUCAAGGAGCGAAUGAUUUUCCGUGAGAUGCACAUGAAUGCUACAGAAUCUUUUGUGGAUUGGGUACUGAGACUGGAGCUACAGGCCAAAUUCUGUGAGUUCAGUGAAGGGCAGCGUCGAGAAGAAUUCGUUCAGGCAUUGUUGAGGAGAUCCGUUCCUGUGAUUGCCAUAAAAUUGUACGAGAUGUCACACAUCUGGGAUAAUGACAUUGCCAAAAUCAUCGGUUACGGUAAGCAUUUGGAUUAUAUCCGGGCCGAAACGAAAGAAGCGAGCGAUAAAACGAGGAACUACAUGCCUUCAUCAGAAGAAACAGAGAAUGCCUCUGAGGAAUCACGGUAUAAGGUAGUUAAUGCUCUACAGUCGCGGAAACAUAAAUGGCUGCCGGAUCGUGUCGAGCCAUUCCGCCGGAGUGAAGCUAGCCGCUUUAAUCUUCGAUCGCCAAACUCAAAUAUGCAACUACAGUCUGGUGAUAGAUGUGGUUCAAACUGCAAUAAAUGUGGGAGAAUACAUGGUCCAAGAAACUGUAAAGCGUUUCGGGCCAAGUGUUUCAACUGUGGCAUAUUUGGUCAUUUUUCUGAAUAUUGUCGAUCACCUCGAGGCAGCCGAGCUAAACCAAGGACUCUGAAACUGGAAAACUCAGCAAAUAACGUCAAUCAGCAAGCCAGCAUGAUUAACCAGGUAUCUAUUGACAACAACGAAAUAUAAUUGUACAUGAGUAUGGGCACGUUUCUUUUAUAUGACAAAUGAUACCCUUCUUCUAAACAGAAUAAAACACAAAUAAACUAUACAGUCAGUGUUACUUAUUGGUAAAUAAUGGGGUGAUUUAUUUUUGUUUGUCGUUCACAGUUAUUUACUGAGAAAGUCGUGCCUUCAAAAAUAAACGACCCAAGGUUCGUAGAAUGCGUUAUUGGAUCCCAAAAGAUUAGCUUUUUAAUCGAUUCAGGAGCCACCGUUAACACUAUUACGGACUCUUGUUGGCAAGAGAUCAAAAGAAGCUGCCGUACAGUUAUUCACGAUGUUAAACUUUAUCCUGAAGAAGUCCUACAAAGCUAUGCUAACCAACAACCGCUUGACGUAAAGUGUUCCUUUAUGGCAUACGUUGGAGUUGUUGGAGGAAUGAAGUCGAUGCAGAUUGCCAAGUUUUUUGUAAUAAGCGGUACACAGUUAUCUUUGCUGGGUUACGAUACUGCGAGCAAGCUUAACUUGUUGCGAAUUGGUCCACACGAAACCAUUAACUCUGUUCUUGUAGAUGAAAAGUCUGAGGUUUCCUUUCCAUCGGCAUUUCCCAAAAUACCGCUAAAUGCUGUAAAGUUCAAAGUGAAUGAUUCGGUCACACCAAAGCAGAUCAUAAGGUACAAUAUUCCAAAAGCAUUUGAGUCAGAAACGAACCAAAGGUUGAAAGCCAUGGAAGCAAAAGGGAUUAUCGAGAGGGCUGAUGGGGAGCAUGACGUAAUCUCGUUUGUGUCACCAUUAGUGCUAGUUCCGAAAGGCUGUAAAGAUUUCCGCA